AUUGGCAGCAAUGCGACGUUGAUCCGACGCGAAAGUCAACAGGUUUACUACCUGAUAAAAAAGAAGAAUGGAUUGCAAACUCGGAUGUUAAACGACCGACUGGAUAUUGUAGGUUUACGCAUUGUUUCGAUUAAUUAAUAAGAGCGAGCUAUGGCUAAUUCGUCCUUCUCGUCGUCCAUGCAAUCCCACAGCGAGCUGCUCACGGAGGAGCAGGAAACGGCAGUUUACAAGAGCAUAAAGAUGAAUCUGCAAGAAAUUCAGAGAGCUACGCACGACAUUAAUCUCAAAUUCAAAAGUAUACAGGAAGAGAUGCGUAUCACGGCCGCUCUGGUGAAGGCGAUCGAGUCAAAAACUCCAGCUACUAAUCAGGAUUGACACGCUCGCCAAGAGCAAAGGAGUGUGUCUCGGUAAUGAGAAAAAAUGUCACUCGUCAAUUUCGCAAUUUCUACUACGAGGACGUAACGAGGACGAUAUCAAACCGAAGCCUAUUUUCAGUUGACAAUGUUGCGCCUUCUCGUACUAUUGGCCCUUCCUUUCUGGCUCGGAACGAGCAUGGCUGCAACGAUUACGGCUACAACAUGGGGUUCUGUGAACGGCCAGCAGAUCCAAAAAUUCACGCUGAGAAACAGAGCUAGUCAAGAGGUCGAUGUGAUAACGUAUGGGGCGACAGUGACUGCCAUUAGAACGCCGGAUAAGGAAGGGAACAUAGCGGACGUUGUGCUUGGCUUUGACAAUAUUGAAGGCUAUACAUCAGCGAGUAAUCCGUAUUUUGGUGCCACCAUCGGACGAGUCGCAAAUCGCAUCGGCAAAGCAACUUUUGUCUUGGACGGUCAACGUUACAAUGUGUCGAAGAACAUAGGUGAGGACAGCCUCCACGGUGGUACUCGCGGUUGGAGCUUCAAAGUGUGGGACGCAAUAAUUGAUUGCGAUCGCGUGGUGAUGACCUUGGUCAGUCCAGACGGUGACGAGGGCUAUCCGGGAUCGGUAACGACGACAGUCAGCUUUCAACUCAGCGACGAUGGAGAAUUGCGCAUGGAGAUGAAAGCCAAAUCCGUAAAGGCGACGCCGAUUAAUUUGACCAAUCACGGUUACUUCAAUCUCGCUGGGCACGCUACAAAUGCGGCAGAACUGUAUAAACACGUGUUCAUACUGAACGCUGAUCGUUGGACCGUCACGGACUCCGGGAGUAUUCCUACCGGCGAGAUCAGGUCGGUUGAGAACAGCAUAAUGGAUCUCAGGAAACCGACAAUCCUCGGCGAUGUCAUCGACAAAGUACCGGGCGGCGGUUACGACUACAACUUUUGCUUGCCAGAGCCGCACGACCACAGGAAAAGGAAUUUCGUCGGCAAAGUAGUGCAUCCGGCCUCGGGACGUCGCUUGGAGGUGUACUCGAAUCAACCGGGCGUUCAACUUUACACCACCAACUCUGUACCCGAAUCCGGUAUUGUGGGCAAAAACGGAGCGCGGUACUCGAGACAUGCCGCUUUCUGCUUGGAAACGCAAAAUUAUCCUGACGCUGUGAACCAUAGAAACUUUCCCAACAGCGUAUUACGACCAGGCGAUAUAUACAAUCACAUUGUAGUGUACAAAUUUGGAGUGGAAAAUUAAUUUCCACCUUCUGCUACAUACUUUUUGAAAAGAUGAGGCAAAUAUUCAAUAAUAAGAAAAUCUUGUAUCGUUGAGCUUUGGCAAUUAUGAUUGUACAAAAAGAAACUGACAAACGUCUGUAACUAUAUUAUCAAACCUUACAAUAUCUGCUAACAAUUUAUUCAGACUUUGUAAA